CGAACUUGAAAUAGCAUUUCUACAACUUCUCAAUUUUUUUUUACAAGCAAGGGUUCGAGUGUUGAAAUCCAUUUCAUUAAAUACUAUUUGCCAAUUUUUACCCAGAAAUUGAACUCAACCUCAUUUUCUGCAUUACUACAUAUUAGCCAGUUUGGUCCCUGGACUUUUCUAACAUCAAUAUUCAAGGUCACACGCCAAAAAAACUACAGAAAAUCAACAUCAGAAAAAUGAAGCAGUCCUAAAAUUACGCACUUCGAUGAUGAAAUUCGUGUUACUGGGCUUAAUCGUGGUUGUCGGGAUUGGCGGUGUUUCUGGAGACAUAGAAAAAGAUCUUGAGGAUUGGGUUCUAAAGAGACAUCUGAAUUAUCUGCCCGAGUACACGCCUAUAGCUAACAAAUCAGCCAAUUAUCUUGCCUCAUGUUCGCCUGUACACUGCAAUGGAAACGGACUGUGCUUUGUUGUCGACCAGGUACGGGAAAGGAACUCUAAAGAUGCGCCAACUCACAAAGUUUGCGAAUGUUCGGCCGGUUUCUUUGGACCUUUGUGUCAAUUCGAAGACACCUGCUAUCGCAACAAGUCCUACUGUCACCAUCAGGCAGCAUGUCAAAUGGUUCUCGUUAACAUCCCCGACGAAUCAACGUCCUCUCUAGAAAUCACCGGCUAUACUGUAGCCGCUUACCCAGAAUGCAGUUGCAACGACGGAACUUUCGGGGACCAUUGUGAAAGCUUCAAUCCGUGUACUGAAUCACAGAAAAACCAAUGCAACCAUGUUGAAAGAUGCUACCAGCUUUCAGAUGGAUCACCCAAAUGUAUAUGUUUACCAGGCACGAUGGGAAAACUUUGCGACAAGAUCGUUUCUGAUGAAAAUGUCUGUACAAAAGAAUCCUGUAACAACUCAGGCGUUUGUUACCAGGAAAGAGGACAAGCUAAAUGUACAUGCAAAGAUGGAUUCGAAGGAGCAAAAUGUGAAAAGAAACUGGAUGUCUGUGAACAACAUUUCGACAUUUGCGGCGGACACGGCAGCUGCAAAAGUGACUCCAGCGAUAAAACUUGGAGGUGUGAGUGCGAGACAGGCUGGUUUGGUCAGUUUUGCGAGGAGCAGUUCAGACCCUGCAAAACAUAUCUGUGCAGAAAUGGGGCACAGUGCACUGUCACGGGAGAGCAUGAACAGAAAUGUGACUGCAAACCUGGUUUUGUGGGCGACUUCUGUGAACAAUUUGCUCCGUUCGACUGCCGUGGCAAUGGAGGACACCAUUUGUGUCAAAAUGGUGGAGUAUGUGGACUGGACCCCUCAGACGGAAGUGCCAAGUGCUCCUGUCCCAAGGAAUACACAGGUGCGUUUUGUGAGCAAGACGUAGACGAAUGCUCGUUAGAAAUAGGCGAACCUAUGUGCACUAAUGGAGCGACGUGUCUGAAUAUUGAAAAUGGAUUCGAAUGCCACUGCAUGACGGGCUAUAACGGGAGUGUGUGUCAGAUAGACAUUGAUGACUGCUCUCCCGACCCAUGCAAAUCGGGGGGAGAUUGUGUCGACGAGGGUCCCAUGAAGUACAGCUGCACCUGUCCAAAGAAUGAAACCACCGGACUGGAUCUGUUCAUUGGUCACAACUGUGAUCUCCCGAACCCCUGUGUGAACCCGGAAACGCACGAGCCAGUGUGUGAACAUAAGGGAAUGUGCUUUCACACCAAUGACUUCACCUCCUUUCGAUGCGAAUGCAUGAACACUGGAUAUAAAGGAGAAAGGUGUGAACAAGACGUGAACGAAUGUGAAGAAUACUUGUUUGCAAAAAAGUGCAUUGAAGAAGGAAACAAAUGUGUGAACACUGAAGGGUCAUGGGAGUGCAUUUGUACUGGAAUCUAUGCGGGAAGAUACUGUCACACGUUUUGGGAUAUUUGCAAAGUUGUUCCCUGUGAAAAUGAUGGACAAUGCUGGAAUAAAAGGGAUCUGGAAAAUUCUGGAGACUCCAGAGACACAAUGGAAUUUGGAAAAUGUGUUUGCAAACCAGGCUUCAACGGAAGCUACUGCGAGGAAGACAAGCGAUGUAGCAGCAACACGUUGUGCAAAAGAGGCGAGGACUGCAUUGAAGACCCAAUCACCCAUUUCGGAAAAUGCGUCUGCCCACAAGGAAAACGGUGCGGUGAGAUUGAGGAGUAUCAUGACUACCGAAGCUGCGAUAACAACCCUUGUAAAAACGGCGCCGAGUGUCUUAAUGGCGUGGAUGAGUACUUCUGCGUUUGUCUGCCUGGCUUCCAAGGACACGACUGCUCGGACGAAAUAAACGAGUGUGAACAAAUUCACGAAAUAAAAGCAGAGAAUGGAUCCAGAAUCGAGACGUCAAAUCCUUGUGUCAACGGAGGUCAAUGUAUCGAUCGACUUAACAGCUACGAGUGUAAAUGCGAGUUUGGUUACGAAGGGAAGAAUUGCGAUAAACUAUUGGAUCCCUGCAACACAACUUGGGAGCAGUCAAACUUCAGCUUCUCGUAUUGCGCAAAACAAACUACUCAAAAAUGUAAAUCGGAACUGCAAAACGGAGAGUUUGUGGUUGAGUGUCUUUGUAAACCGGGUUUCUACGGCAGUAGAUGCCAGUAUGCCGUGAACCCCUGUUUGAACCCUUGUAAAAACGGCGCCGAGUGUCUUAAUGGCGUGGAUGAGUACUUCUGCGUUUGUCUGCCUGGCUUCCAAGGACACGACUGCUCGGACGAAAUAAACGAGUGUGAACAAAUUCACGAAAUAAAAGCAGAGAAUGGAUCCAGAAUCGAGACGUCAAAUCCUUGUGUCAACGGAGGUCAAUGUAUCGAUCGACUUAACAGCUACGAGUGUAAAUGCGAGUUUGGUUACGAAGGGAAGAAUUGCGAUAAACUAUUGGAUCCCUGCAACACAACUUGGGAGCAGUCAAACUUCAGCUUCUCGUAUUGCGCAAAACAAACUACUCAAAAAUGUAAAUCGGAACUGCAAAACGGAGAGUUUGUGGUUGACUGUUUUUGUAAACCGGGUUUCUACGGCAGUAGAUGCCAGUAUGCCGUGAACCCCUGUUUGAGUAAACAAAUUGUUUACGGAGAGUCAGAUUUUAUUCUAGAAAAUGGUGUACUAGAUGUUAAUGUGUGUGAAAAUGGGGGAUAUUGUACCCCUCUACCUGUGAAUGGAGCUGGUCACUUGGGCUCGAGGUCACGAGUGGUCAAUGAAACUGACUUCUUCGUUUUUGGCGUGCAAUGUCAUUGCCGCGAAGGUUUCAUUGGAGAACGAUGCGAGAUUGUUGAGCAAACAUGUCCGGACAGCUUUUGCAAGCAUAGAGGAUCCUGUAUCGUGGAAUCCCCUGGACAGUUAAAGUGCAAAUGCCACCAGGGCAUGACUGGACAUGAUUGCUCCAAGCCAGACGUAGAAGACCGGUCCUUAUACACGUGUAAACUCUACUCACAAAUAUCAGGCAGCAAAAUAUGCGAUAACGGUGGCACUUGUGUCGAUAAAAUCAAAGCCGAUGGUGAUUUAGCUGAAGACGAAUUCGGUUUUGAGUGCAAGUGUCCCGAAGGUUUCAGUGGACAGUUUUGCGAAAGAGUUGAUGAUUUUUGCAGCAUCGAAGGAGCAAGUGUGUGCAAAUAUGGCACGUGUGUGAAUGAAAAAGACAGCUACAGGUGCGAAUGUUUCGAUGGCUUCUCGGGGACCAAAUGCGACCACAUCACCCCGCGAUGUCCUCAAAACAAAGACCUAAAAUGCAGCCCACUAGCUGAAAAGAACCCCAUCAACUCACUUUUCCUCUGCCUAUCUCUGGCUGCCCCUUUGGAAUCGGAAUGUGCCCUGGAUCUCUCGGCUCCUGAGGUCCAGACAAACGAGUGGUGUCCGAAUGAGAGGUGUGGGCAUGGACGACGGGGGGCAUAUGGAUCUACUUGUAACAUGACUGCCUUGGGGUCCAAAUGUCACUGCGCAGUUGGAAAGAAGGGGGAUUACGACUGUUCUGCUGCUUUGAACUUGUGUGACCCAAAAUUGGCCCAAUGUGACCCCUUGGGGACUCUAGACUGCGUUAAGAGCGUAGCCAAGGAGUCGUGGAUUGCAGACACUUCUGAGUGUAGAUGCAAAGACGGAUUCAAGGGGAAGUUCUGCAACGAGACAAAUGACGUGUGUAUGAAUAAAGACACGUGCAAGAACAAUGGGUUGUGCACUGCUUUAGCUGGAGACGACUUUCGCUGCGCAUGUCCGACUGGUUAUGGCUGUAAGGACUGUUCAUGUGUGGAGAUGUGCGACCAUAACCACGUGUGUCAGGGACCAGGCACCUGCAUGAUGGAACCGCUUGACACUCCCAAAUACCACAAUCGUUACUUUUCCUAUUGUGAGUGCGACGGCGGAGUUGGCGGCGACUUUUGUGACAUCGACGUGAGAAACGAAUGUGAGGUGGACCCGUGCGGGAAUCGAACCCACUUCGUCGGAGGAGUGGUGCUAAAUCGAAGCUUUCAAUGCGUCGACAGACUAGGUUACUAUGAGUGCAUAGAGACGAGAACUUCGGAAUCGACAACUCGUUCACCGUUCGUGGAUAAAGAGAGCCAAGGCACGAGUACAGUUACGGUCAUAGGAGUGGGUUUGGCCUCUUUGUUUGUGAUCGUCUUGCUGGUAGUUUUGGUGAUCAAGGGUUCGAGGGGAAUGAAGACGGUGGUGAAAAAGACGUUCUACCCCGCUGGAUGGCCCGAGAUAAUCAAGGGUAACUCUGUUCGCAAGCGACGCCGUGAUGACCCGGCCGGAAACUACGAAAUGGGUUCCAUGACAGAGGGCACAGAGGGUGACUACUACGGGGGGAGUGAGUACUCGGAAUUAGACAAUGCGAGGAAGAGGCAGAGACAGUGUGGGGACAGUCUCUCUCCCACCUUCGUGAACAAAGAGGGAGCAGUGGGCAAUCAGGACCACCUGGCCGCAUUCAAAAACAACAACAAUAACGUCAAUGGUGUAACAACAAAUGCGAAGGUGUUGGUGGCUGGUGCGGAUAAUACUACCUCUGCCAUGUUAGUUUUGAAGAACAGGGACCCCGAAGUGAGGAGACAGACCCUACUCAGUCUGGUACGGGGGAGAUACGACAUGAACACUCAAACACUCUCGAGACACGAGACAGUGUUGCAUCAGGCGAUACUAUUGUGUGACGCCGAGUCAGUCCAGAUCCUCCUCGGCUCCCCCUCCAUCGACCUGGCCAUAGGGGACCUGAACAACAGAAACGCAGUCAUGACAGCCACCGCCACGGCCGAUGAAAGAGUAUUCGACCUCGUUUGUCGGGUGAGCACGCGUGAGAUGAUCAAUCAGCAGCAGACAGAUGGGUCCACUUCGCUCAUGGCAGCAGUCAGACACAUCCACUCCUCCACCAUCCUUAGACGACUCAUAGAUACAGGCGCCGACGUCAACUUAGCCGACAAAAGAGGAAGGACUGCGUUGCAUUGGGCGGCACAAGUGGGCAAUGCAGAGGCCGUGUUGAUUCUGGUCAAUGCCAUAGCCGACAGAGACGCACAGGACGCCGAGGAGUGCACUCCUUUGAUGCAUGCAGUGAGAGAGGGACGUGUGGAGUGUGUGGUGAAGUUGUUGGAGUUGGGGGCAGAUAGGAUGGUGCAGAAUAGGGACAAACAGACUGUGGCGGACAUGGCACACAGCAUGGCUGCAGCUGCAGGGGGAACAGGCGGUGACAUGCUGCACUACAUUCAGAACGUGAUGCCGGUUCUCGCGCUUCCAGACAUGCCCAGCCAGCGCAAUAAGAACAACCGCAAACAGGCGAAAGUGCGCAACUCCAAAAAUGCACCCAAGAAACGUCCGAACGAAUUCGUCCCUGUCAUGCCUCACAAUGGUGUUGUAGAUCCCUCAGGAAAACCCAAUCAUAUGGGAAUUGUCAACCCUUCCAAUUUUUUCAUGCUUCAUCAAAACCAAGACGGCAGAAUACCCUUUGCCCAGCACCCCAAUUUGCACGUUAACCCUAAUUUCGUGAACCCGCACCAUCUAAAUGGGAUCCAGAAUCCCAACGGAGGGUCGCCCGGUGUGAUGGCGAAGACCCAACAGGCAUUUAUGAUUUCUCCCCCAAAUAACGGAGCUCAAUGUCAAACUGUGGUUCUGACUCAAGAUCCAUCUUCUGGGCGAUAUUUCCACGAAACAGUCCCAAAUCAGAUGAAUGCGUUAACUUCUCAUUUCGCGAACCAACCACCCUCAUCAAGUGCCCAAAUCAACCCGAAUCAUCAGGGGCCGCAAAAUGGGGGAACAUUCCCGAUGCCUCCUCCUUCGAUUUGCCCGGUGUCUAAUGUUUCUCCUAAUAGCAGCCGACAAGGGGCUCGUAUUUUGACACCAAGUGGACUCAAAAUGGCAGCACCCAGCACGGAAUUCUGCGAAAGUUGGAGUGAAACAAUGCCUGUUUUGGUGAAGCAGGAAAACGAUGGAUCGCACCACCGGCCGUUUCAUUGCACUCAAGCUAGUGUAUAUGAAGAUCAGGAUGAUAACUACGAGAAAAUCAACUAUGAUUACGCUCAUUUGCCCAAAGUAGUAUCAACAAGCAGUCUUGCAACGCAACAAGCUGUCCAGAACCAGCAGCCGAUUGCGAGUGAAAACCCGACUGCCGACUGUUCUAAGAUACUAAAUGUGAUGACCAGCAAUGUUAACGAGCAGCCAGCGAUUCAUGGGUUACCGCAAGCUAACCUUGUCUCACAAGCUAAUGGUGCUGUGCAAGGUAUUCAACAAACGAGUGUACCCCAAGUCAGCAGUGCAGGACCCAUUUUGUACCCUGAAGUACACAACACCGUAUACAGAAACAUGCAGCAAAUACCUUCGGAUGGAUUCCAUCAUCUUCCGAGGUACUCUAUUGCGAGUAGUGUAGGGUACCAGGAUAUGAGCCGAAAUGUGAGCGUCGGAAACCCUCCUAAUCAUCAUGCAGGGGGGUUGAGACAGCAGUCUCAGAUGCAACAAAGCUUGCCUAUUUCUGCUGAAUUCUCCAGUAACUAUAAUCUCAACAGUUCCUUGACAGGACUAGAUUACGAUUUCAUCAACCCAAUUUACCAACCGGCCCUAAGUCAUACAAAUUCUAUGACCAGAAACAACCCGCAAAGUGUGAUGACCAAUGGCCUGGCGAAUAAUGGAGCACAGAGCUUCCAGUUUUCUAUGCAAAAUUUGCCUCUAAGUGGAAUGAAUGUUGAGAACGGAUUUAUGAAUUCGACUAAUACCGGAGAAGAUAGAAUGUUGAAUGCCCAUAAUGGAUACGAUUAUAACGAAGAAACUGCAGUCGCUCACUUCUAAGUUAAUGUAGAAAAAUCUUCAGUCUUCCUUGAAACUGCUGGAGAGUCGUAUGUCGAUCAUUUUUAAACUUCCUUCGCAUUGUUCGUUUAAAACUUCUAAUUUGCAUACCAUAUUUUAGCAUAAAACAAUCACAUGUUUUAAAUUUGAUUCACUGCGUUGUAAUUUACGGCAGUUUCUGCUCUUGCCAAAAAUUUAAUAAAAUCAAACAAAUAGCAAUACUUUGAGUACCCCCCAGCUCAGAUCGGCUAUUAUUUUAUUGUUCCGACUUUCGAUACGAAAGUAACGGAAUAUUUGUGCUCGG